ACCAAAAUAGAUCUUUCUAUCCAGAGUCCAUCUCGAUCACCGAAACGAGCUUGACAUUCAAGAAGUGUAAUUCAUCAUGUCGUCCUUCGAUCCUACCAAUGUCAACUUGAAUUCUGCCAGCAAGGAGGAUGUUUUGUGCUACCUGGCCAUUGAAGAAAACCAGUACAAUGGCCACAUGGGCGCUCGUAUCUCCUCAAUCUUCGUGAUUCUUUUCGUGUCUUCUGCCUUCACCGUUUUCCCAGUCGUCUCCAAGCGCAUGCCGCGAUGGAAAAUUCCAUUCGGCGUGUACAUUUUCGCCCGAUACUUCGGCACGGGUGUCAUCGUUGCCACGGCCUUCAUUCAUCUGCUGGAUCCUGCCUAUAAACGAAUUGGCCCAAAGACUUGCGUUGGAGUAUCAGGAUAUUGGGGUCAAUAUUCCUGGUGUGCGGCUAUUGUUCUGGCUACGGUGAUGGUAAUCUUCCUCCUCGAUCUUGCAGCCGAAGUCUAUGUCGAGCAUAAAUACGGCGUGCAUCGAGACGAAGGUGCCACGAGUGCGUUCGUCCAGCAUGAACACCACCUCGAUGUACAACCUGCUCCGGAUGUCGAAAAGACCGUGCAAGCAUACAACGACGAAAAGCAGCAUCAGACCUCUAGUGAAACCGACAUGACUAUCGCUGAGCGAUCUUUCCGGCAACAGAUUGCUGCUUUUCUUCUGCUCGAGUUCGGUAUCAUCUUCCACUCUGUCAUCAUUGGUCUUAACCUCGGCGUGACCGGUUCUGAAUUCGCAACCUUGUACCCAGUCCUAGUCUUUCAUCAAUCCUUUGAAGGAUUGGGUAUCGGCGCUAGGAUGUCUGCCAUUCCGUUCGGCAAUCACACCUGGCUUCCGUGGAUGCUGUGUGCCGCCUACGGUCUGACAACUCCCAUUUCGAUCGCCAUUGGUCUCGGAGUGCGGCACACGUAUGCUCCCGGUUCGAAGGUGUCGUUGAUCAUUCAGGGUGUGUUGAACGCGGUCUCGGCUGGUAUCUUGAUUUACACUGGUCUGGUUGAAUUGCUUGCGAGGGACUUUUUGUUCGAUCCCUGCCGGACGAAGCGUCGGUCUCGCCUGUUCUUUAUGGUUGCUUGUACGCUGCUAGGUGCGGGUAUCAUGGCUUUGAUUGGGAAAUGGGCUUGAUUAGAACUAUGUAAAUGAUGUAUAGCGUAGAAGUUGGUAUCUAUCAACAAACACAGAGCCGUGGGCAAAUGGGUCUGAAUUGUAAAGCCAGCCACUGUUGUCUAUAAAUAACCUUUGAAACUUAUAUUAUCUGCAGCUCGGCAGCUCCACCCUUGUGUAACCCCUAAAAUUGGCGAAUGCCCUUGGGUUCUCGGGCUCGGACUGAGAUUCUGCAUAUAGAGUGGUUGGUGUCACACGCCUUAGUGUUCCGGCGCGUAUCGUGGAUUGUGUCUGAAAGAAGAGGGAAUAUCAAAGGGUUCUAAGCAACUGUACGGCGAUGAUAGGGUCACCAUAUGAAUGUUUGUUAUUACAAUCUUGGAUCAC